CUUCCAUUAGGUGGAUGAGUUUCAAUGAACUAAGAAUUGCAUAAACCACCCUGCAUACAUCGCGGACCCACUCUUUGAUCUCUGCACGGCCCCGUCGCCAGGACCUGCGUGAACAGCUUCGACAGCUAUUAGACAUGUCCGGUGUCCAGUUCCCCUCCAUAUCUUGCAAGCCGGAUCCGCUGAGAAACCCGACAAAAGAACCGGUGGAUCUUGAAAGAACUCCUGUCAGGUCGGUAAGCACGUGCGGCAGCAAUUGUUCGCGUCUGUGGAACUUUCGGCUGAUGGCUUAAGGCUGCCCUUUCGGCUGCCGCCGUACCCUCCUUCCGCGUUUCGCCCGUUGUCUCCACCUCCCACCUUUCUUGACCAUGAAUGGUAUCGCUCGACUGUCCUUCCGACGUACCCAGCUCGCUGUCACCAACUGACACAAACGUAGACGCGCAAGCUUCCAUCUCGAAGAUAUCACGCAAGUCCAUCUCAGGCAGCCCCAGGAAGGAACCUUCUUCAGCCGCGCCGAUCGCACUCGCAGUGUCAGCGUCGCUCAUGGAAAACUCCUCCAUCAUGCCCUCGGCAUCGUGGUUGAGUGGUGCUAAAUCCGUCCGUUGUUCAUGUUCUGCUGGGUUGCUGGGAGGUUCGCCUAUAUCAGCCUCGUCUUGCCGGACGCCCGACACGGUGCCGCCGUCAUCGACCUCGACUUCGUGUGGGGCAUCCGCUUCCCCACUUGUGACUUCCUUCGCCGUUGCGUCUUCGUCCCCCACGCUAUCGGGUGUUCCCCGCACGCUGCUUCCGACCUCCCCCGCCUCAAUGGGGUCGCCGAUCUCCGCCGUGCUUUGGCCAGGUUCGGACGUUGAUCUCUUCCGUCGACGGCGUGUAACCCGCCGUCGGCGUCCAAUACCGUGCAUCCCCUUGACGAGUUCCACCAGCUGGUUCGGAUGGACGUCAGUUCAAGCCAUUCAUGCAAACGGCACAAGGCAUCUAUGCCAAGACCUACAAAACGAUUCACGUCGGGAAUGCUUUGGCCGUCCGGUACGUGGACAGCUCCAUCUAAUUGACCCUAUCGAGAUAGGAUUCUGUUGCCCUCAAGUACGACGAUAUGGAAUAGAGGCCAUUACAGACUGUGUUGAAGUUCGAAGUGAGCCAAUUUGACAUCUUGUGGUUCGUAGACCGCAGCUCUUUGUUGAUCUUCGACCAACGUCUGCUCUUCUUCAUACAACUCAUACAGUUCGAGCAGCUAGCAAUGUAUCUGGCUGGCCUCUGUGAAGCGAGCAGUCGUUUUCGGUUAGUUAAAUUUUGAUUAGUUGGGUCACA